AUGGAGAACCAUGAUGUUAAGCUGCUGCUUUUGCAUUACGCUCUUUUGGCACUGCACUAUCUUAAAUUGGCGCUACAGCACGCCGUGCGUCUCGUUCAGACAUGGAUAGUCUUCAUUCAGCACUAUUCGGACGUUGUGGCCAAGUCUCCGGUAUUAUUAAAGCUCAAAGUAUGGAUGGAACGAGCCGCCAAGCGCCCAUGGUUUCUAAGAUUUCGCAACGCUGUGUAUCGUUGCGCCGCCUUCGUCGUCGGAUCGACUUACAUUGACGAACAUGUAGCUUUUACAGCUCGGGAACUCGUGAAGAAUGAUGCCUACCGUGACCGACUGCUCGUUCGGGAGAUCGAAGACCUGGUCGAUUUGUGUGACGCUUUGCGCCUCACGUUACCGCAGCGCAAGGCGUACUUCCAGUGUUUUCUUCAUGUCGACUUUAUGCGUCGCUCGAGCGUCUCUCGUGCGGAGUUGCUGCGCUAUUGCGAUCUUCGACCUACUCCACUCACAACUUUUUUACUACCAAAUGCGAAGGAAGCUACUCACCGAGAAACUGCACGGAAUCGUUGGGAUAUUAUGCAGCUAAUGGCGAUGUGCUUCUCUGUAUGUACAGCAGACUGUGCUGAGCUUGUUCGCCGUGCAGUGAGCGAAGCUAUUUAUCCGCAGAAAGCUGAAGCCGAUGAAAGUGGCCGCGAGGAAUUAAUGCAAGAAGAUACGGGAACGGUGAGAGAUCAAGUGGUUGAUGAUAAACUUCCCAGCACUCCAAGUAUCUGCCAUCAGAUUGAUAAAUGCCUCGAAUUUUUUAUCGGUGUCCCUGAUCCCGUGGAGCGCAAUCUGCUGGCGUUGCUAAAGGCACUAUACGAUAACGAGUGUGAACAGCAACAUGGCUUGGAAUCUCCGCGCAUCAGCUUCCAAGAUAUUCACACAGUGACUACUAUAUUUGACGUCUUGCGAUUAUUCCCAGUACUCAUCUUUCCAUGUAUUUGGACACAGCGUGUGCUCCAAACGCGCAUUCUUGGUGCCAAAACGUGGGAAAACCUGCAACAACGUCGUAUGCAGAUCCAACCGCAUCUCCCUACAGGGAUCAUUACUCUGUCUGUUGCUGAUAUCGUAGCGGCCUCGCAAGUGCAGCUACAGCAAAAACUCAAUCGUGACUAUCAGAUUUUGACACCAACUAGUGAACAACCGGAUACAGACAGUGCCCAGCUUGGUGGAGGUAGCAGUUGCAGGAGUGAUGACUAUACGGGCUCCAAGAAGUCCACCCCACGCAAGGUCGUCCCAAGCACUCGUAGUGAGCCGGCAAAACUCGUCACCGAAGCACCGUACAAAUUUGACGAGCCCCGAAAUUUCAGCAUAGUAGUUGACCAGUGUUCUUCUGUGAAAGAAGCAUGGCGUGUCUCCGCAAACCACGCACUGGCAUCCGUUUAUGUUCUAGGUCUUCUUGAAGAUUCGACAACGACACUCGAGGUGGUUCAAGCAGAAUUUGAGCAAGUCACCAAAACGAUUUUCACAGGAGAGCUCAGUACCGAGAAAUCUGAGCGGAUUCGCCAGCGGCUUGUCAAAGUUUAUGGUUAUCGCUUUGCGCACUCACUGCUAGCAAAAAGCAAUUUGAAAGAGCUAUCUCACGCGUCCAAGACACCACCUGAUGAACGUCGUGCAAAGCAGCGCUACGAUAAGGCAUGGGGUGGCAGUGGCCUUGUUGAGGACAAAGUGAUCUACUGGAAGGAGUAUGAAGAUCCACUAGCCAAGAGAGUAUUCUACUACAACGCUCGAACGGGUGAAUCACGAUGGGAGAAGCCUGCCAAUUUUGUAUCCAAGAAAAAGGUGCGAAGGCGAAAGAAAGUAGGAAACAACGAAGUUCUACAACCAAAGCCAUCACUACUUUAGUAAGAGAAAUCAAGCACC